AUAAAAUCCGUGCGAAUGGAGCACAAUCAUCCCGCUUCCUAUGAGAAAAAGAAUCGGUAUUCUUUUUGUAGCUUUUGUGUAUUUUGUGCAAGAGACGCUGGCUGCUUCGACUUACGCUGGACAAACGACACUUGCCAACUUGAAGAAACAAAGUGAAGACGAACGCCGGAAGAGCAACAGCGACCGAACGACAUGGAAGACCUCCCCGCCGUGCUGAAGCUGCAUGUGCUGCAGUUCCUGGACCACUCGGCGCUGCAUGCAGCCGAGCAGACAUCGCAUGCGCUGCUGGAGCUCACACGCGAACAUGAGCUGUGGAGAAGUCUAUCCGAUGCACAUGUGACCUGCAGCGAAUCACUGAACCGCUCCGACCUGUGGAAGAAGAUGGUUUGUCUGGCACAGCGCUCUGCGGUUGAUGACAAGCAAUUGCUGGGCGGAGUGGAGGCUUUCUCGUCCGCGGAUCGGCCCAGCGAAUCACCUGUGAAUACACUCACGUCCUCGCGUUGCUGGAUGGAGUUGCAUCAACUUCAGACAACGGACUCUGAACAGGAGGCGGAGCUGACGACGCUGGGAGAGCGUAUACAACACCGCUGCGGCUGCUCUUCGGGUGAAUCGUGCUACUGGAGCAGCUCGGCGUCAACUAACCAGAACGCAACUGAGUUCAUCGACUACGCGCUUAAUGGACCAUGUGUAGUGAAUGCUGUGCAGAUCGUCCCGUACCGAGUAUUCUGGCACCCGGACAGCCCCACAUACGCGCCCAAAAGAGUUCGGUUUGAAUUCUUUGACGUUGACGAUAUGGCGACGCUGCAGGGAGCUGCAGGGUGGCGGAACAGACCUCUAGGCACGCGCGCAUCAGUUAUCAAACCAUUUUUCGCGUCACAUGACUAUGAGGUGAAGAAUGACAUGACGUUGCAAGAGUUUUUGCUACCCAGGAAGGUGGCGGCCAGCAAGAAGACUGUGUUGCGUAUCACACUGAUCGGACGGCACCAGGCACAAACAUUUGAGCUGCCUGAGGAGUUUCUCGAUGGCAACGAAGAACGACGACCCAAAUAUUACUGUUGUCUGAGCUAUGUGAAUGUCUGUGGAGUGCCAUGGAAGCCUGUGCAAACGGAAAGUGAGGCUUCCACGUCAAUAGCUCAAUCGUAUUCAAUGAGUCCGAACCUGCGUAUGGCGGCGCUCACCGGACUGGCAGUGUAUAUGACUGCUUGUUACGAAGGAUUCGUCGGUCGUACUCGACGAUGGGAGUAAAAAUCCGACCAAGGAAGCAAAAGUAAUCAUUUAUCUUAGCAAAACCCACGUACGAAUAGUAAAAGCCAAAUAUCUUUAUCAUACACGUCUAGUUUCUUCUCGUCACCA